GCCGUGUUUGCAUCUAUUUAGACCAAUCCACCUCGAAAUUACCCGAGGUACACUGGAGUCGGUCAACUUCAAAUCAUUAUUCCUCAUGCCCCCGACCUCAUCUCUGCGUGCGCUUCAAGUGAAAGUACCACGCCGCAUAACAGGCAGGCGAUUUGCAUCCCAUGGCCCACCACAAUUCAACGAGCCUAGCGGUUUGCUUUUUGGCGAAAAGCCCCCUGCACCAGGACAAAAGCGAGUGAAAGAGGAGUGGGAAAACAUCUGGUAUGUAGGGAUGUUCGGGUCUAUGGCAAUGGCUGCAGUAUUAUUGUACUACAAGCCUGACACAAGCAUACAAACGUGGGCCCUAAGGGAAGCCAAGGAACGUAUGGAAGCUCGUGGAGAGAAAUACAAAUACGAACCAUCAUCAUGAAUUUCAUCAACUACCUUACCAUCUCAUUCUGACAAUCCAUACUGGUACUCGAGAUAGAAUGCAUUGCAAGAGCUGAUGACGUCUAAAC